UUCUCAUUGAGAGAUUGAAAAAUUGAAAGAUGGGAUAUUAUUACUUUAAGAUUUACCAUCUUCUGUCCUUGUACCUGAUCUCAUGUGUUGUUCCUCUUUCCUUAGCACAAGACUUCAAUUUGCCAUUCAAAGCUGUGAAUCUUGGGAAUUGGCUUGUUACAGAGGGUUGGAUGAAACCUUCUCUCUAUGAUGGCAUUCCCAACAAUGACCUUUUGGAUGGAACACAAGUUCAAUUCAAGUCCACAAAGCUGCAGAAGUAUAUUGCACCAGAAAAUGGGGGCGGCAGUGGUUCCGUUGUUGUUGUCAACCGCGAUUCGGCCUCUGGUUGGGAAACUUUCAGGUUGUGGAGAAUUGAUGAAUCGUCUUUCAAUUUGAGAGUGUUCAACAAGCAGUUUGUGGGAUUGCCAAACCAAGACCAGGGAACCGGCCUAAUUGCAGUUUCAGAUUCACCUGGAAACACCGAAACAUUUCGGAUUGUAAGGAAUGAUGGUGAUCAAAAUAGAGUUCGCAUUCAAGCAUCCAAUGGUUUAUUUCUGCAGGCAACAUCAGAGACACAAUUGACUGCAGAUUAUGGAGGCUCAGGUUGGGAAGAUGAUAAUCCAUCUGUCUUCAUAAUGACAAUAUUAAGUGACAAGACCUUAAGAGGUGAAUACCAACUCACAAAUGGUUAUGGUCCAGAUAAGGCUCCUCAAGUCCUGCAGGAUCACUGGAACAGUUACAUCACUGAAGACGAUUUCAGGUUCUUAUCAUUGAACGGCUUGAAUGCAGUGAGGAUCCCAGUUGGAUGGUGGAUUGCAAAAGAUCCAACACCACCUAAGCCUUUUGUUGGAGGCUCCUUGCAAGCCCUGGACAAUGCUUUCACAUGGGCACAAAACAAUGGGCUGAAGGUAAUUGUAGAUCUUCAUGCAGUUGAAGGGUCCCAAAACGGCAAUGACCACAGUGCAACUAGAGAUGGCUACCAGGAAUGGGGAGAUUCCAACAUACAAGACACUGUGGCAGUCAUAGAUUUCUUAGCAUCAAGAUAUGCUAAUCAUCCAGCUCUUGCAGCAGUUGAGUUAAUGAAUGAGCCUAUGGCACCUGGUGUCAAUCUAGACAGCCUCAAAAAUUAUUACAAAGCUGGUUAUGAAGCUGUACGGAAGCACACUUCAAGCGCUUAUGUGAUCUUAUCAAACAGAUUGGGACCUGCAGAUGCAAAGGAGCUUCUCUCAUUUGCCGGAGGCCUCGAUCGCGUAGCCAUAGACGUGCAUUUCUAUAGCCUGUACUCGGACAUGUUCAACAGCUUCAGUGUGCAACAGAAUGUGGAUUUCAUCUACAACCAACGAGCUUCUGAUCUCGAUGCUGUGACCACUUCCAAUGGACCCCUCACUUUUGUUGGUAAGUCACUACUCACUAUUAAUUAAGAAAUUAGUAAAUAA